AUGUCAAGGCCGCCCGACAAGUAUUCUCAGAAAAACCACGAGCGCCGCGUGCUGUACCUCAAGGAAAAGUGGCCCGGCGGCCAGUUCAUCCCCGCCCAGUUCGUCCACAAAGAGCCCGGACGGGACCUGGUGUCCGACUUGUACACCAUCACCAGAAUCUACACCGAAUCAGGCAUCCCCCUCCAUCACAUGUGGGAGCCCGCGUCGCCGGAUAACCCAGCCAGAGGUCUCCUGCGUCGCCACAUGACGCAAAAGGGCGCGCACUUCAUCACCAACUCCAUUGGUCUCGAGGCGCGGAAGGAAGCGACCCGCAAAGGUUGGCCUGCAACCGAGAUGGCAACACCGUCGACGGAACCAGAAGCCCACAAUCCCGAAACCUCAGGCAGUCACGGCGACAAGGCCAACGAGACGCCCCCCGGUGGAGUUGUUGGCCAGAGAAACCACGGGGUUGAAGCCGACAACGGCGACGAGGGCAGUGAGGAUGAGGAUUGUGAAGAUAACAUUGAAGGCGACACUUGCUUGGGCUCACCAUCAGCGAAGUCGAGCGGCCAGACGGCGGGCGGCAAACGCAAGCACGACAUGGUUGGCCCGAGCCCGAGUGCACUGUCGCAGGGCACCACUGUAACAGCGGAUGGUCGGUCGACAAAGAGCAGGCGAAUUAGCGGGAUGCAUGAUGAGCCCGACAACCUGCUAUCCUACAUCGCCAAGGUCGAUACAGAGUACGCCGAUUCACUUCACAGGACAUUCAGCCAGGCCCCACGCGUGCUCGCAAAACUACUCAACGAGGCAAAAAAGACGAAGCAGAAGCUUGCUAUGCUGCGGCUCGAGGUUGAGAAUAAAUCGUCCGGGGGCCAGGUCGACCAGGAGAUGGAAUUGCUAGUCGACGCGGACGACGACGCAGCCGCCGGCGACAGGCCCGGCAGAACACAGCCGUCGCGCCAUCUCGAUCCGCUAGUCGCCGCCGAACGCGAGCUGGGCGACAUCACGAGGAAGCGGGCGGAACUCGAGGGGCAGAUCGGGAAGCUGGACACCGAGGUGUUCUCGCUCGGCCAGAUCAUCGAUUCGUUGUCUCGACAGCUGUCCGAGUCAAGCCAGGAUAUAUCCGCCGUACGCCAGCACAGCAUGCUGCAGAUGAACCGCGAGUUUCUCGAAAAGGCGCAAAAGGAGCGCGCCGACAUGCACGUCAGAGUCGGCGAGUGGUCGCAAAGGGAGAUGGCGGUGCGGCACCGACGGGAUGGCGUCGGGGAUGCGCAGAUGCAAAUCGAGCUGCUCGAGGAGAGACUGGAUCGAUGCGAGCAGGCGGUGGCGGUUGUCGAGUGUCAGUGGAACGCGUUGUCUCAAUGA